AAGCAGCUUUUGAAUGAUGCAGAAGAUUAUCAUGAUUGAUCUUUUCUAUAUUUUCCUUUGUAUUUCUAUAGCGCAAACAAACUGGGUUAGGGUUGGUUAUUACUCGUAUUCAACAUACGAGUCCCCCGUUUCGGAGAUAAAUUCUUCUCUCUUCACCCACAUUAUUUUUGCUUAUACUGACGUGGAUUCCACCUCCUACCAGCUUUCUUUAUCACCGGCUGUUGAAGAACACCUGUCUACCUUCACACUUACUGUGAAAAAAAAAAACACAUCUGUCAUUACACUGCUAUCCAUUGGGGGUCAAAAUGCAGAUUAUUUAACCUUUUCUUCAAUGGUAAGUGAUUCUUCUUACAGAAAAUCCUUCAUCGAUUCCUCGAUAAGAAUGGCCCGACGUUACGGCUUUCAAGGCCUUGACUUUGCUUGGCAAUAUCCAAAGACAUCUUCUGAUAUGUUCAAUGUGGGUGUUCUAUUUCAAGAGUUGAAAGCUGCCGCUGAUUUAGAGGCGAAAAACUCCAAACAGUCACAACUAAUCUUGACGACUAGGGUUAAAUAUUCGCCAUUGGUAUCAUUAGAAAGUUACCCUAUCGCGAUGAUACAACAAAAUUUGGAUUGGGUCCAUGUUGUGUCAGCAGAUUUUACUACUCCUCUCUCGAGCAAGUGUACCGGUGCUCAUGCAGCUCUGUAUGAUCCAAUUACUUCUGUUGAUACAGAUUAUGGUAUAACAGAAUGGAUCAACGGAGGAUUAUCAGCUAAUAAAAUAGUUUUGUCUUUGUCUUUCUAUGGCUAUACAUGGACGCUGAAGAGCCCGAUGGACAAUGGUAUUGGUGCUGCAGCAACGGGAGCCGCCAUUAAUGAACCGAGUGGGUUUGUAACAUAUAGGUAUAUCAAGAAUUACAUUGAGGAAAAUGGUCGAGAUGCUCCUGUAAUGUACAAUUCAACUUAUGUGGUGAAUUACUGGUCAAAGGAAGAACUUGGAUUGGUUUUGACGAUGUUGAGGCCAUUAGAGCUAAGAUUUCUUAUGCCAAGGAGAAAAAGCUACUUGGCUACUAUGUGUGGCAAGUCUCCUAUGAUGUUAACUGGGUGCUUUCUAAAACUGCAGCUGAAGUGGAGAUAAAAAAUUCCUCAGUUCAGGUGGGCAAUGAAAGUAGAAAAAAGAAAAAGAGGUCUUCGUUAGUAAUCCCUUUGUCUACAACAGCUGCUGUUGCUCUUCUAAUAGGAAUAUUUUUUAUAUUUUACUGCUGUUGGAGAAAUCUCAAAUUAAAAGGAUCAUCUGCUGGAGAUUUUUAAUUCCAACAUUCCUAGUCUGACAGAAUAUACAUUGGCGGAGAUAGAGGCAGCAACCAAUGGAUUUUCAAUUGAAAAUAAGCUUGGACAAGGAGGAUAUGGCCCUGUUUAUAAGGGAAUAUUGCCAAAUGGAGAAGUAAUAGCAGCGAAGAAACUUUCAAAAACAUCCACCCAAGGAUUUGAGGAAUUUAAGAAUGAGGUUAUGCUUACUGCCAAGCUCCAACAUGUGAAUCUUGUCCGAGUUUUGGGUUUUUGCCUUGACAAUGAAGAACAGAUACUCAUCUACGAAUACAUGCAAAACAAAAGCUUAGACUUUUACCUUUUUGGUCAGCCUUUUAUUUUCAUUUCCUGUUAUUUUUUCUUCUUUUUAAACAAAAGUUUUUGCAUUGAUGUUUUAUAUAUGCGUGAAUUUCAUGUAGACCCCCUUAUACGUCUUAUUUUGGAUUGGAAAAAGCGUGUGUAUAUUAUCGAAGGAGUUAUUCAAGGACUUUUAUAUCUCCAAGAAUAUUCAAGAUUGACUGUUAUUCAUCGAGAUUUAAAAGUUAAUAAUGUGUUAUUAGAUGGAAAAAUGAAACCCAAAAUAUCAGAUUUUGGAAUGGCUAGAAUAUUUGUCAAAGAUGAUCUUGAAGCAAAUACAAAUCGUAU